GCCGUCCGUCUUCACCUCGCAUCACAACCUACCUCAAAGGGUCACGCGGUUAGUGCCACGAAGGUCACCGAUGUUGCCGCAGGACAGCGCCGCGACGACAGGCCUGACGAUGCAGAGCAGAGCGGUCGACACGCGGGUCCAGCUCGAAGUGAAGGAGGGCGAGCCCAAGGGCACUCUCGUCGGCACGAUACCGGUGAAAUCGGAUUUCACCUACAGAUUCAACGAGCCGCCCCAGGAGUUCGAGCUCGAUCCGAAGAGCGGCGAAAUCAAAACGGCGAAAGUGCUGGAUCGCGAGGCGUUGAGCAGCGAUCGCUUCGACCUGGUUGUGCUGUCGAGUCAACCGACCUAUCCGAUCGAGGUGCGCAUUCUCGUGCUUGACGUCAACGACAACGACCCGGAAUUCCAGGAUCCUAUCAUCACGGUGAGCUUCUCGGAAUCGGCCGCGCCGGGCACGAAGCUGCUGCUCGACGCCGCGACGGACCGCGACACACCGGAGAACGGCGUUCUCGACGAUUAUUUCAUCGUAGACGGCAACACGGACGGAAAAUUCCGUCUGAGUAUUACGGGCAAUCCGACCGGUGAAACAUCGUACUUGCACCUGGAGACGACGGGUAAACUGGACCGCGAGCAAGUGGAGUUUUAUUCGCUCAACAUAUGCGCGCGCGACCGCGGCCAACCGCCGCGCGUAGGUUUUCUGCUGGUGAACGUGACCGUCCUGGACGUGAACGACAAUCCUCCCGUCUUCGUGCACAGCGAUUACGUAGUGGAGUUGAACGAGAGCGCGCCGGUCGGCACGACGGUGCUGACGGUGAACGCCAUCGACAAGGAUUCGGAGGAUAAUGCGAAGCUCACAUAUUAUUUAACGGAGAAUGAGCGCAAGUUCACGAUCGAUCCGGAGAGCGGCACGAUCCGGACGGCGGAGCCGUUGCGGUGCCCUCGGCAAAACUGCGGCUUGGCUCGCACGGACGGCAACUGCUCCAAGAGCUGCGUCAUCAGAGUUUUCGCCCGCGAUCACGGCUUGCCCAGGCAGGACGGUCGUACGUACGUGACGGUGAAUCUGCUAGACGCCAACGAUCACGAUCCGUUGAUCAAGUUUUCCUUUAUCCCACCGCAUGCGGAAGUGGCGAAUGUCGACGAAAACACCCCGAAUAACACGAUUGUCGCGGCGGUGACGGUGGCCGACGAAGACGAAGGACCGAACGGCGAGACUAGCCUGGAGAUACGCGCCGGUAACGAGUUGAGCCACUUCUGGCUCGAAGAAACGCAAACUUUCAAUAUCGUGCGGGUGAACGGCCGGCUGGAUCGCGAGGAGAUACCCAAGUAUAAUCUCACGGUCGUCGCGACCGACAAGGGCACGCCGCCCAGAUCGGCUACAGCCUAUCUCGUUAUCUACGUGAACGAUAUAAACGAUCACGAGCCCGUCUUUCAGCAGAGCGAAUAUUCGGCGGUGUUGUCGGAACUCGCGCCGAUCGGCAGCUUCGUCAGCAGCAUCUCGGCGACAGACGCGGAUUCCGGGCUGAACGCCAAAAUCACCUACGAGAUCAGUUCCGGCAACGAACAGUGCUGGUUCUACAUCAACAACAACACGGGCCUCAUCACCACCGUGGCUGCCUUGGAUCGCGAGAUACACGGCAGCAUCGAGCUGCGUGUGUCAGCGCGAGACGGCGGUCCGAACGCCAAAUACGCGUCCACACAUCUCAAAGUUACGAUUCUCGACGAGAAUGACGAAGCGCCGCGCUUCACCGAAACCGUCGUCGAGGUCACGCUGUCGGAAAACACGCCGCGAGAUAGUCCAGUCGCUACACUCACGGCCAUCGACAACGAUCAGGGUACGAAUGGCAGUGUCACGUACAGCUUUCACCCCAGCGUCUUGCGCGAUUACCCCAAGACUUUCGCGCUCGACGCAUUGACCGGGCAGUUGACGACGAAGACCGAUCUGGAUCGCGAGACUAUUAAGGAAUACACUAUUCUCGUGGUGGCGAAAGAUCAAGGUACACCGGUGCUGUCCUCAACAGCCACCGUAAUUCUGACACUGGAGGACGUCAACGACAACUCGCCGGUCUUCUAUCCUUGGAAAUAUGUAAUGUUCGUUCCCGAAGGAGCUAAGGCGGGUACGACGAUAGGUAAAAUCACAGCGACCGAUGCCGACAGCCGAGAAAAUGCUCAGGUGCGGUAUUCGUUGGAAUCCGGCGGCGAGCAUCGUUUCGCGGUGGACGAGAGAACUGGCGAUAUCACUCUUCUCACCUCUACCGCUAAAUUGCGAAAAACAUUGUACAAGCUGACCAUUUCGGCAAAGGACACUGGCGAUCGGAUGGCGGACAGGAGCGCCGUGGUGGAGAUUAUUCGUAUGGAAGAUUUGGAGCUUUUGGAAUUCGACACCUACAACGGCUACGAGUUUCGCAUUCCCGAAGAUCGAGGCGACUGCGACGCGAUCUCGUUCGGCUUUGGUCGGGAGAUCGGCAAGGUGCAGAUAACGCAGUACAGAGAGGUGCGCUACUCCAUCGUGUUCGGCGACCCGAAGGGCAUCUUCAGGAUCGACGAGAGCAGCGGCACAAUCAGCACCGCCGCGUGUCUAGAUCGCGAGCAAAUGGAUUAUUACAGUUUGCGGCUGACUGUGCGCGACGAUUUCGCGUACGGCCACACGACCGUCAAUAUCACCGUGCAAGACCUCAACGACAAUCCACCGAGGUUUCCGAAGGGUGAUCGCGGCGACGAGAUUCUUCUGCCGGAAAGCGCGGCGGUGGGACAGGAAGUGUGCUUGGCGCGGGCCAGAGACCGCGACGCCGACGCCAAUGCCAGAAUCACGUAUUCUCUCACGCAUAAUCCGAACGGACAGUUCAGAGUGGCCGAGAAAUCGGGCAUCAUCUACCUGGAUAAACCGAUUCGAGCGCCUCCCGGCACGGUGCUCCAUCUCGAAGUAACGGCCACCGAUUCCGGCAGCCAGCCGCUGUCCGCGCAACAUCAAGUCUGGGUGACGAUCGAGGAUGUCAACGAUCAUACGCCGGUUUUCCGCUUGACCACCUACGAGAUCUCGCUACCCGAAUCCACGCCGGUCAACGAGCGUUUCUUCGCUCUGAUGGCGCAUGACGCGGAUCUCGGCGCCAACGGCAGAGUGCUGUACACGGUGACCGACGGCAACACGGUCGAGGAAUGCUUCGGUAUCUUCCCGGACGGCCAGCUGUACGUGAAAAACGUUCUCGAUCGCGAAAAACAAGAUUAUUACGCGCUCGAGGUCACCGCGUCCGAUCAAGGCGAUCCGUCGCGAAGUUCUGUCGUACCGGUGAUCGUGCAUGUGAUCGACGUAAACGACAACGCGCCCGAAUUCACCAACAGCAGUUUCAGUUUCCAUCUGCGCGAAAACGAGCCACCCGACACUUUUGUCGGCAAGCUACUGGCCACCGAUCACGACGUCAGCCGUAACGCCGAUCUCAUGUUCUCGUUGUCGGCGAAUCAACAAGACUUCGUGGUCGAUCCGCGAAACGGCUUCGUCAAGUCGCUGCGCGUGUUCGACCGCGAGCAAUUGGUCGCCAGCACCGGCGCCAGCUACGUCACCCUGGAGGCCACCGUCACCGACAACGGCGUCGACCGUCUUCGCGAUCGCGUCAAGGUUACUAUCUACAUCGCCGACGUCAACGACAACGUGCCGCAAUUUCAGCGUACACCCUAUCAGGUGCAGGUGAGCGAAGGCGCCGCGAUCGGCACGCAGCUGUUAAGAGUGUACACGAGCGACGCCGACGAGGGUCUGAACGGCGACGUGUUCUAUUCGUUGGAGAACGGCAACCAACACGGCCAUUUCAUGAUAGACGAGGCGACCGGGCAGAUCUCACUGAUGAAGGAACUCGAUCGCGAAAUGUCCGACACCUACGUACUCACCGUCGUCGCGCACGACGCCGGGCUGGAAACACGCCUGUCGUCCAGCGCGACCGUUCGCAUCCAAGUACUCGACGAGAAUGACAACGUGCCGCGCUUCGUUGAUAACAAAUCGCGAAUCUCCGUGCUGGAAACCACGCCGAUCAACACCGAAUUGCUGCGAUUCAAAGCUACCGACAACGAUCUCGGGCUCAACAGCGAACUGACGUUCGCGAUUUCGGGCGGAAACAAGAGAGACAUAUUUUACAUCGACUCGCUAACCGGCAUUCUGUAUCUGAAAAAACCUCUGGACUACGAAGAGCAGCAUCGGCACACGCUAAACAUCAGCUGCAGCGACAACGGUCAGCCGCGGCUCAGCUCGCUCAUCAAUCUGACGGUCGAGGUGAUCGACACGAACGAUAAUCCGCCCAUGUUCCCGAUGACCGCGUUAGUGCGCCAGAUACGCGAGGGUAUCCCCGUGCGUACGCCGAUCGUCACCAUCACCGCCGAGGACCCGGAUUCAGGCGAGAACGGCGUCAUCAGCUAUUCGAUACUCAGCCAGGAUCCGGAGGAUCAGGUGCGCCGCUUCGGCAUCAAUCCAUCGAGUGGCGUAAUCCAUACGCUGCUGCCGAUCGAUCGCGAAGAGGUCGAUACGUUCCGACUCGUGGUGGUCGCGACCGACCGAGCGCAGUCGCCGAGCGCACGCCUGUCCGCCGAGAAGGUGAUGGUCGUGAUCGUCGAGGACGUGAACGACAACGCGCCGAUCUUCAUCAGUAUGUCGGCGGUGGUGCUACCGCCGCUGCAUGCCAACAAUUUCAAUUAUCAUCAAUCGCCGGUUAAAGAAGUCGUCGUCACGCAGCUUGCCGCCCGCGAUCUCGAUUCCGGCUCCAACGGCCUGGUGACGUACGAACUUCUCCGAACUUCUAGCGUCAACUACUCGGACAUGUUCCGAAUUCACCGCAACACCGGCCAAUUGACCAUGAGACUGCCGCGAUCCGCUCCGAAGAGCGAUCCCUUCGAACGAGUAUCCAAAUACCAGAUAGGCAUCCGAGCGACGGACGAGGCGGUCCAAGCGGAGCGUCGCUCGUCCGAGACUUACGUGACCCUGAUUAUGCCGGGCGAGGACGGCGACGAUCAGCCAAUUUGGGAGCAUCGAGGCCAGAUCGAGGGUAGCGUUUACGAGAACGAGCCGGUCGGCACCAGCAUUCUGCGUGUGAGCGCGCGCAGCCGUCGUUCUAACAUCGAGGUCGAAUAUUACGUGACGAACGUGACCGCCGGCGGCGGCCCCGGCGACGGGCCCCAGGUCGAACGGCUCUUCGACAUCGAUACGAAGACCGGCGUGCUGUCGACCGCGGCCCAGCUCGAUCGCGAGACCGGCGUUCAGUGGUACGAGGUGGAGCUGUACGCCAUCGGCAUAGGCGGCACCAGGCCCAGUACAACGUCCACCAAAGUACGCGUGACGGUGCUGGACAAGAACGACGUAGCACCGACGUGGGGCUCAGGCCCAUGGAAAUUCAAGAUUUCCGAGGAGGCACCGCCCAACACCAUCAUCACGGUGCUCAAGGCCCACGAUCCGGACACUAUUGGCACUCUGACCUACACUCUGGUGCCGAAUCACCAUCGUUCCGGCAACCAUGUUGACUCUGCAGACAACGACAGCGAGACGCAGAGCCAAUUUAAACUACAUCCGAGCACCGGCCAGCUGAGACUUGCCGAGGCUCUCGACAGAGAAACGAAGGAGAAGUAUGUGCUGAAGGUGCGCGCUGACGAUGGCCUGCAGCACCGCGAUAUCGUGCUUAUCAUACAGGUUACUGAUACCAACGACAAUGCGCCAACAUUUCAAAGUACGGCAUAUUCUUUUGACGUGCCGGAAAACAUGCCCAGAGGGAGCCGCGUCGGUCAGGUCGUCGCGACGGACGCCGACGCCGAUGGACCUAAUAGUCAACUAAGCUACAUACUUAUCUCCGACUGGGCGAAUGAUGUGUUUUCCCUGAAUCCUAACACCGGCGUGUUUACGCUUACUGCGAGCCUCGACUAUGAGCAGGUGCAGCACUAUAUCUUCGUUGUUCAAGCGACGGAUGGUGGGGUGCCAGCAUUGUCGUCCACGGUGACGGUGUACUGUAAUGUCGUCGAUCUCAACGACAAUAUGCCGAUAUUCGAAACGGGACCGCAUACGGCCGACAUCAUGGAAAAUGCGACCAUCGGCACACCUGUAUUCACUGUGAUUGCCCAGGACUUGGAUUCCGGUGACAAUGGCAGGGUCACCUAUGCUGUCGCCGACGGCGACGACGAUGGAGACUUUGGGGUAGCGCCUAAUGGUACCCUCUUCACGCGUCGGUCUCUUGAUCGCGAACGAACAUCACUCUACAACCUAGUGCUCAGUGCCACCGACAAUCCGCUACCACCAGCUAAGCCCUUGUCCUCCACAGUACAGGUAACGGUUGUGUUAUUGGAUGUGAACGACAUGUCGCCGGAAUUCAUAUCGCCCACAAAAAAUUCCAUAAUCGAGAACGCGCCGAGCAAUACGGUGGUAAUGGCGAUAAAGGCCGUCGAUCGGGACGAAGGUCGAAACGGCUACGUCGAAUAUUUGCUGGAGAAUGAUAUUAACCUGCCGUUCACUCUGGGUCCGGUGGACGGGCUACUGCGCGUCUCCGGGCCGUUGGAUCGCGAACAAAAGUCCAACUACACCCUAGAAAUCACCGCCAAGGAUCGCGGUGAGCCACCGAAAUUAUCGUCGACCACCGUCACUAUCAUGGUACUCGAUGAGAAUGAUAACUCGCCGGUAUUCGAUUCUGGGCAGUACUUUGCUACUGUCGCCGAAAACGCCAGCAUCGGCGCCAGCGUGCUCCAGGUUUCGGCGAAGGAUCGUGAUGAAGGUGCGAAUGGUAGAGUAAGAUACAGCAUCGCGACAGGGGAUGAUAAUCGAGAUUUUAUAAUCUCGGAAGACGGCGGUGUAAUCAGGGUAGCGAAGAAUCUGAAUUUCGAACGCAAAUCUCGGUAUCAUUUGACAAUCCGCGGCGAAGAUUGCGCGGCAGAGGUCGGUAAAAUACCGCGCGGCGACACCGCCCAGGUCACGAUUACUGUAUUAGACAUCAAUGACAACGCGCCGGUCUUCCUUGACUCGCCCUACGUAGCGCAUGUUAUGGAGAACAUGGUGCCGCCGAAUGGCGGUUUGGUCAUACAGCAGGUCAAGGCGUACGAUGCGGACACACCGCCAUAUAAUGAUCAAGUGAGAUACUUCCUCAAGGAAGGCGACACGGACUUAUUUCGCAUAAACGCGAGCACCGGCGACAUAUCGCUUCUUCGACCGUUGGACAGGGAACUAAUACCCGAGUACACGCUCACUCUAGUGGCCAUGGAUACUGGUUCACCGCCUCUCACCGGAUCGGGCAUCGUCAAGAUCGUUGUUCUUGAUGUGAAUGAUCACAACCCCGAGUUCGCCCGGCAGGACUACAAGGCCAACGUGGACGAGAACAAACCCCCCGGAACGUGGGUCACCAAGCUGGACGCUACGGACAAGGAUGAAGGACUCAAUGCGAAGAUCAAAUACAGUCUGCUGGGAGACAAAGCGGAGCAUUUCUUCGUGGAUCCCGAUACGGGGGUUGUGGUGACCACGAUACCGUUAGAUCGCGAGGCGACCGCCGUGUACCAUUUCACCAUGGUGGCUCGGGACUCGAGCCCGACGGAGCUUCGAAUCGCUGCCGUCAAUUUGACAAUCUACGUGAACGACGCCAAUGACAAUGCGCCUUGCUUUUCCAGUACCCAGUACUCGGCCUACAUCCCCGAAACGGCCAAACCCGGUAACUUUGUAUUCGGCGCGAAAGCGAUCGACGACGACGACGGCCAGAACUCGCGGAUUGUUUAUCAGCUACAGGGCACAGACGCUCAUCGUUUCGUCAUCGAUCCGGACAACGGCGUGAUUCGCGCCGCUAAGGAACUGAAUGACAAAAACAUGUAUACAGUGUACAUACUAGCAUCAGAUUGCGGUGUUGAGCCCCAGUACGUGACUACCGAACUGCAGAUAUAUCUGUGGCAGCGAGAUCUGUUCCCCUCUUUUCAUUCCAACAUCAACACGAGGUUCACGCUACCCGAAGAUGUGCCAGAGGGCAAAGUGAUUAUGAAGCUAAGCGCGUUUGCAUCGAAGAACAAUGAAAAUGGUACUUUGUUGUAUGACAUGGCUGGUGGAAACAUUGGAGACGCUCUGAGAAUCGAUUCUCUCACCGGCGAGGUCAUAGUUGCUUCUGGUUUCGAUUACGAGACUGCUCCGCACUACGAAGCCUGGGUCUCGGUCUACAAUACAAAUGUACCCACGUUACGUAGUGUGAUUCAGUUGUUGGUGAAUGUUACGGACGCUAACGACAACGCGCCGGUUAUGGAGGCGGCCAUUUACAACGCAACAGUGCUGGAAGAAGAAUAUCCGCCGUUGUUCGUCGGCAAAGUGUCCGCGAAGGAUCGCGAUUCCGGCGAAAACGGCCAGGUCACUUAUCAUCUGGUCGAUGAUUUGUCCGAGUCUUUUACCAUUGACAGCAACACUGGACAGAUUGAAACUAACGUUAAACUUGAUCGCGAAGAGAUUGCGUCUUACGAACUGAUUGUGGAAGCUAGAGAUCAAGGCCAUCCUUGGUUAACCGGUACCGCCACGGUACUAGUGACCGUUUUAGACAAGAACGACAACCCGCCGCACUUUACACGAUUGUUUAGCGUUAACGUGACAGAGAAUGCGGAAAUUGGCACGUUUGUUAUACGAAUCACGAGCAGCGAUCUAGACAUCGGUCAGAAUGCAAACGUCAGCUACAGCUUCAGUGAUAAUCCAGGGAACAAGUUCACUAUCGAUGCUUUGAGCGGAAACGUGACGGUGGCUGGAUAUCUCGACAGAGAAGAGCAAGACGAGUACCUGUUAAAGGUUGUAGCAGCGGAUGGCGCAUGGCGAGCGGAGACUGCGCUGACAAUCACCGUUCAAGAUCAAAAUGAUAACGCGCCCGAAUUCGAGAAGGAAAUCUAUCACUUCCAUUUUCCCGAGCUUCAAUCAGUGGUAACGCACGUCGGCCAGGUCGCGGCGAUUGAUCGCGACAAGCAAGGACCAAACUCGGUCAUAUCUUACAAUCUGCUACAACCGUCCGAUCUCUUCACCGUCGAUCCAGCGACCGGUGACGUCUUCAGCAAGCGUACUCUGCGUUACAAGCAUACGCAUCGACCAUCCUCACCGGAAAACUUGUACUCGCUGACAGUGGUGGCGACAGACAAUGGCAAACCGCCGAUGUCUUCGAGAGUAACGGUACAUGUAAAUGUGGUGGAUGCCAAUAACAACGCGCCUCGCUUCGAGCAGAGAUCUUACCUAUCGCCAGUACCGGAGAAUUACGGAUUGGGUAAGCGAAUCACCCAGCUGAUCGCACGCGACGAUGCCGAUUUUGGUGUGAACGCGGAGGUGAUUUACUCGCUGACGAGCGUGAACGUUACCGGCGAUCUCUUCGCCAUCGAGGAGCAAUCCGGCUGGGUCUACGUACGCAGGAGUCUCAACGGUAUCGCCGUCGGCACGGUGUUCCUCCUGAAGGCGCGCGCCACCGACAAGGGUGUGCCACCGCAGAAGGACGAGGUUAUUCUAACACUCGUGAUUUCCGGUGAAAACCGACAUGCGCCGACUUUUGCCGCCGUCAGCUACCAGGUGAGAGUGCCGGAGAACGAGCCGGUCAACACAACCAUUCUGACGGUGAGCGCCGUGGACGGCGACAGUGGACCCAACGGUAUGGUUCGCUACAGAAUCUCAGCCGGCAACGAGAGAAACGAGUUCUCCGUACAUUCCAUCACCGGCGCGGUCACCAUACUUGAGCCUCUCGAUUACGAUCUCGUGCAGGAAUAUAAAUUGAACAUCAUUGCUACGGAUCUGGGAUUCGAGCCAAUGGAAGCGAUGGCUACCUUAACCGUCAAUGUCUCUGAUAUCAACGACAAUCCUCCAACUUUCAAACGAAACGUCUACGAAGCAUUCUUGCUGGAAAAUUCGCCGCCUGAUAGCUUCGUCUACAAGGUGGUCGCUCAAGACAUCGACUCACCCAAGUACGCUGUAAUAGAAUACAAGAUCCUCGGUGGCAGUGGCAAGGAUUACUUCCGCAUCCGCGAAGACACCGGCGAGAUCACGUCGGAUGCCAGCUUUGACUAUGAGGAGACGAACGAGUUCAGUCUCGACAUUGUUGCGGCAAAUCCGGACUCCAGUCCGCAGAUGGUCGGAUUCACGACUGUGAUGGUACAUAUUACCGGCGUAAACGAGUUUUAUCCCAAGUUCAUUCAGCCAGUGUUCCACAUGGACGUGUCGGAGAGCGCCGAGGUGGGCACGUCGGUCGGCUUAGUUCAAGCGACUGAUCAGGACUCGGGCGAGGACGGCCGGGUGUACUACCUCUUCGUGGGCUCGUCCAAUGACCGUGGUUUCUCCAUCGGCUCGGAGACCGGCAUUAUCAGAGUGUCGCGUCGACUCGAUCGCGAGACGCAGAAUCGUGUGGUGCUGACGGUAAUGGCGAAGAACGGCGGCGGUAUACGCGGCAACGACACCGACGAGGCGCAGGUAAUCGUCUCCAUCCAAGACGGCAACGAUCCGCCCGAGUUCUUGCAGAACUUGUACGAUGCCAAGGUGUCCGAAGGCGCCGUACACGGCACGCGCAUGCUCACUGUCCGCGCGGUCGACAAGGACAUCAAGCCGCAGAAUAAUCAGUUCUCGUACUCAAUUAUCGGCGGCAACGUCGACCAGGCCUUCAAGAUCGAUCCGCAGACCGGUGACAUCGAAACAGCAAAACAUCUGGAUCGCGAAACCGUGCCUGCUUAUGAUCUAACGAUCGGCGCGAUCGACACCGGGUCGCCGCCGCAAACCGGCACCACGAUGGUGCACAUAGAGUUGCAGGAUGUGAACGACAAUGGUCCGAUCUUUGAUCCACCGGAAGUUAUCGGCUAUGUCAGCGAGAAUGAACCGGCUGGUACCAGUAUCAUGACUCUCAGUGCGACCGAUCCCGAUUUGCCGCCCAACGGCGCGCCGUUUACAUACAAAUUAAUCGGAGGAAAACAGAGCGACAUGGUUACUUUGGACAAACAUUCGGGUAUACUCAGGACUACAAAGAGUCUCGAUAGAGAAACAAUGCCGCAACUGGAUCUCAUGAUUGAAGUGGAAGAUUCGGGUGUACCCCGAAUGAAGAGAGAACACAGCAUCACCGUGAUCAUCACAGAUCAGAACGACAGCCCAUCCACACCGAGAUCAGUGCACGUAAUUGUGCACUCAUUCAACGCCAAGAUACCGCUGGGAAAAAUCGCCGACGUACAUCCAAACGAUCCGGAUAUCACUGGACUUUAUUCGUGUAAGAUACUUCAGGGCUCGAAUUCACGCGUGCUAAGUAUACCAACCGCCUGCGAUCUGCACACUAACAAAAUUACAUCAGAAAUCGGCUAUUCGUUGAGCGUCUCCGGCAACGACGGACGACAUUCCGACGUAAUCUCCAAAAUCACGGUCGAGUUUUUGAUCUUUUCCAACGCCACGAUCGAAAACAGCGUAACUCUGCAAAUUUCUAAACUGACUGCGAAAGAUUUUCUCACUCAAUAUUACCGAGCACUUCUGGAUCUUCUACAAGAGAAAAUCGAGGUCGGCGAUACAUUUAUCAUUUUCAGUAUUAGUGAAAAUGGACCAGAUUUAAACGUCCAUUUGGCAGUAAAAUCUCCGCAAGAAUAUCGUACGAAAUACGAAGUGACUGAACUGUUAACGCGCAAUCAAGACGAAAUUCAAAUGCUAUUCAAAGAUAACUCUUUCAUUAUCGGCUAUUCUCCGUGCAAGCAAAUACCGUGUGAGAACGGAGGUAGCUGCAGUGAUCACUUAGCUAUAUACGACGAUGCCAGGAUUACCGAUAGCCAGGCGUUGAUUCUGACAUCGCCCAGAGUGCUGCACGAGAUGAACUGUAAGUGUCGGGAUGGCUUCACCGGCGACAGAUGCGAAAAAAGGCAAGAUCCAUGUUCGCCGAAUCCCUGUUUGUUGGGAGGACAAUGUCGACGCUUGGGAUAUGAUUUUCAAUGUACUUGUCCUAUGGAUCGUGAUGGCAAACUGUGCGAACUCGAGAGAGGCGACGCAUGUGCUAGCAAUCCGUGUCGAAACGGCGGUUCGUGCAGAAAGAGCCCGGACAGCUUCAGCUUCUUCUGCCUUUGUCGAGCAGGCUACAGAGGAAAUCACUGCGAAGCAGUCACCGAUUCUUGUCGACCAAAUCCUUGCUUGUACGGCGGCUUGUGCGUUAGUGAUAAACCUGGAUAUCGAUGCAGCUGUCCCGAGGGUCGCUACGGGCGGCACUGCGAGCGCUCGACCUUCGGCUUCGAUGAACUCUCAUACAUGACAUUCCCAGCGCUUGACUCCAAUACAAACGACAUCACUAUCGUGUUUGCCACCACAAAACCGGAUGCGCUAUUACUAUACAAUUACGCACCACAAACAGGCGGCCGCUCUGACUUUGUCGUACUGGAGCUGAUGGCUGGACGAGUGAUCUUUUCGUACGGCGGUGCCAGAAGCGCGAUCACUACCGUCACUAUCAAGACGAAAAAGUCGGUGUCGGAUGGCGAAUGGCACAAGGUCACCGCUACCAGAAACGGUAGGGUCGUCUCGCUCAGCGUGUCCGUCUGCAGGGAACAUGGCGACGUCUGCGAUGAUUGUAAACCCGGCGACGGCACUUGUUACGCGGACGAUGUGGGUCCGACCGGCACUUUGAAUUUCAACAAUAAUCCUCUUCUACUGGGUGGUUUGGAAAACGCCGAUCCCGUGCUGGAACGUCCAGGCCAGAUUCAUUCUGAUGACUUUGUGGGUUGCAUUCACUCGGUAUCAAUAAAUGGAAGAACUUUGAAUCUGACGAAUCCACUCGCGUCGCGCGGCGUGAAAUCAACGUGUGUCAGAUCGCAACAGAAUCCUUGUUUGAAAGAUGAGAAGAACACUGUUUCCGUCUGCGGUGUGGGCGCUCAGUGUUAUGAUAAGUGGCAUCAAGUGAUGUGUCAAUGUGGAUCUUUGAGAGCACCUAAUUGCCACGGCGCCUUGGAGGCCAUGAUGUUGAGCGACGGAGGAUUUAUCGAGUUCAAGGUUUCAGAGAAGCACAGAAGAAUGCAACUAUUGGAAUACCUUUAUGGCGGUUCCACGCUGUGGAACCAUACAAAUCGCGUUAAGCGCAAUCUUAUUCAGGACACGAGCUCCAUAGCGAACUCAUCGCCGUUGAAGACAAUCGGCCUGAUGUUCAGAACUGUGAAGCCUGAUGGUAUCCUGAUUUAUAUUGCAACCAAUAAGCAUUUUACAUCUAUAGAGCUUCGUAAUGGCCAGCUGAUUUACACGUCCUUGCUUGAAUCACCGGUGAACAUGUCGAUCAAUAUCGAGGGCGGCCUCGCCGAUGGACAUUGGCACAAUCUGACUCUCCACGCCUACUCCCGGGGAUUAAGACUACUGGUCGACAGCGUCUUGAUGGGCGACGAGUUGGACUUGACGGGUGUCCACGAUUUCCUCGACCCUUAUUUAUCCGUCCUGUCGAUCGGUGGAGUCAGUCAAAAUUUCUAUUACGCUCAUAGCGCUGGCGCCAAGAGCUUCGAAGGAUGCCUGGCUAAUUUCACAGUCAACCACGAGGUGCAACCGUUUAAUGGCUCUGGAUCUAUUUUCAAGGACGUGCUUUAUCACGGCAAAGUGAGCACCGGAUGCCGACAGAUCGGCAUCAGCGCAGCCGCGGCCGCGGAUCCUCUCAGUAUCGGUAUCACCUUAGUCAUCGUCUUUUUCGUUAUCCUGCUGAUCGCCAUUCUGGUGAGCUUCAUAGUGUUCCGAUUGCGUCGACAAAACAAGGAGAAAUCAGCGCCGUCGGUUGUCAACAAGAAUACGAACGCUAUUAUGACCGGCAAUUCGCUGGUCGGCGCCGGGAAUGAUAAUCUCAUGUCUCGUCACGAGAACACCUACAUCUCCGACACAUCGGAUCUGCGCGGCGUGGGUCACAUGGGUCCCGAACUGAUCUCAAAGAAAUACAAGGAGCGUGAGAUCAGCGCCAAUGCCGAGCAUCGGCCACAGCGACCAGAUAUCAUCGAGCGGGAGGUCACUAAGUCGCCGCCCAUCCGCGAUGAGCACCCACCGCUGCCGCCGCCCGCCCAGACCUCCCUUCACUCGCACGAACACAAUCCAGAACCCGACAUUCCGGAACACUACGACCUGGAGAACGCUAGCUCCAUUGCACCCAGCGACAUCGACAUCGUGUACCAUUACAAGGGUUAUCGCGACGGAAUGAGAAAGUACAAAGCCACUCCGCCUCCCAUAGGUAACUACGGCAACCAUCACAAGCACACGGGACAGCAACAUCGACAUACCGGACCCUUUCCACCAAGGGCGAUGCCACCGCCGAACGUGAAUCAACCAUCCGGACCAGCGCCCAAGUUGCUUCAGAGCACUCCUUUGGCGAGACUAUCGCCUAGCAGCGAGCUGUCUGCGCAACAACCGCGAAUUCUCACGCUUCACGACAUCAGCGGGAAGCCGCUGCAAAGCGCGCUGCUGGCCACCACGUCCUCGUCCGGCGGCGUCGGCAAGGAUGCGCUAAACUCCAAUAGCGAAAGAAGUCUGAACUCGCCCAUCAUGAGUCAGCUGUCGGGUUCAACGGCCAGCAGAAAAGCGCCGCAGUCGAAUAACGAAAACUCGGUGAACAACGUGUCCUCGGGUCCUAUGGGUCUCACGGCGGAGGAAAUCGAGCGACUGAAUUCUCGGCCGAGAACGUCUAGCUUGGUCUCCACCCUCGACGCCGUGAGCUCCUCCAGCGAGGCGAGGGGCCCGUCUGCUCACGGGCCUCUCCAUCAUCAUCGACGUCACACGCCACCUGUGGAGAGGCUUGAGCGGCGUAACUCGUCGACAACCGACGAGAGCGGUAACGACAGCUUUACGUGCUCGGAGAUCGAAUAUGACAACGGGUCGCUGGCAGGCGACAAGCAGUCCGACAACCUUUUUGCCAAGCAGGACGAUGAGGGGAGCGGGCCCCAGGGUAGAAACAACGUCGAGUCGUCGCAGUCGACAAAGCCGCCACUGCCGCCGAACGUCGGCAAUUACGACGGCUUCGACAGCUCGUUCCGCGGCUCCCUCAGCACCCUCGUCGCCUCGGACGACGAUCUGUCGACUCACAUGGGCGGCCUCCUCUACGGCAGUCAUACCAACAACGGCUCGCCCACCACUACGAAUACCACCACAACCACAACCGCCGCCGAAGAUGCUCUCGGCUGGGACUACCUGCUCAACUGGGGACCCAACUUCGAGAGCCUCGUCGGCGUCUUCAUUGACAUCGCGGAGCUGCCGGACAGCGCCAGUCGAGUACCCAGGUUGCCGACGAACAUCCCUAAACCGUCCGAGGAAUAUGUAUGAGGUUCUUUAAAUGGUGCUAGGAUAAUUUAGUGAACUCGCUACUAUAGUUUAGUGAGAAAUUUCGUGGAAAUUGUGAAGACUCGUCCUAAAGCAACGCGAGACCUGCGAUUUAGAAAUGUUGCCGAAUUUUUACUAUUGUUUAGUUGACUAGUUGAACAUGUGUAAAUCAAUAGUAUUAAUAAUGAUAUUUUCAGUGUCGGAUGUGGUUUUGAGUCAUACGAGGAUAUGUUUAAGGAAGGUGCGGACAAAAAAAGUAGCUUUUAAGUGUUUAUAAAAGAAAUUGUUGCAAUAUUUAAGGAUAGUAGUGAGGUACCGCGUCGAACGCGUGAUCAUCUUGCCAUAAAACGCGAAGAGGAACUUUCCUCGAAAAGAGACUCGUUCGUCAUACGGCAUAGUUGUUUUUUUUUUUUAUCGUAUUUCACGAAUCUGUAAAUAUCGAAUAAUACAUAUGCAAUCAAAACAACUUCUAUGCGGAGUGCACAAAGCAGCGCUUAUACGAUCGGUUGAACUGCAGAGAUUCUUCUGCGACCAAUAUUAAUUAAUGUCGAUUGAAAUUAAUAUUACUAAUAAUGUUGAUUUUAAUUGAAUUAAUUGAUAUUAAUGCUGAGCGCAUUUCACGCAUUUCGAGCGAUCGUACAUAAUUUUAAAUACGAAAUAUAAUUACGCGAAAUUACAUUGAAUGCCAUUUUAGUUACGGCCGGACUCGCCGUCGACGAGAUGGAAAGAUGUGCGACUGGACAUCGAGGCGGCUCAAUUGAUUGUUAACUAUGGAUUUCUGUAUAUACCUUAAACAGCCGCGUGAAUGCCACAUACAUUCGAUACAGUCGCACAUGUCGUAAUUAUUGGUGGAAUGGCUAAAUGGCACAUAGAUAUUUUACCUCACAAUCCUUAAUAUUUGAAUCAGAGAUUAAAAUUGUUACACUUUCACUGUCUAUUCAUUGAAAUUGCAGCGCGCAAAACUCUCAAAGUAGUUAUAUAAUUUAUAUUU